CUCUCUCUCUAUCAGUGCCACGGCUGAACAUGAAAGUACAGGACGAUCGCGAUAGUUCCACGAAGCACUCAUUUUACGAUAUUUUUGCUGCAUGUAACCAGGCCAGUGCUGUCUGCGAGACCCUUCACCCGGACAGAUACAUAUUGUCAAGGUACUCCGACUGGUCAAAAAGAAAAGAAAGCAAAAACUGUGCCGCUCCACGCUUAUAAACAGGCACCAAGAACCGGAAGCUCGCUGUCAACACGCGGAUGCCACAUUGAGAAAUCUGAAAAAUCUUCGGGCAAAGUUCUCCAGUGGGCACUGUUUUUCACCCUUUCUAGCCAGCCAAUAUGACUACCAAUAUGUCUGGAAACCUCAGAUACAAUUCGCAGUCAUACGCUAAUAACGACGAGUUGCAGCGUAUUAUCAACCUCAAGGCUGUGGACUUCCUUCACGUUGCUUUUAUACCGGCUAACACCGAGAGCCAGCAAUUCUUGGACAUCGGCUGUGGUACGGGAGACUUCACCCGGGACUGGCUACUGCCGAGAUGUCCGCCCUGUCGAAGGCUAGUCGCGGUAGACGCCUCGGAAGAGAUGCUCUCGUACGCUCGCGAAAACAGCGCGCACCCUAAGAUCCAGUAUGAUCACCUCAAUGUCGGCGAUGACGUCGGUGAAUUCAUCAAAAAGUAUGGAAGAUUCGACCGCGUCUACUCUUUCUUUUGCCUCAACUGGCUCAAGGACCAGGAGCAGGCCAUGAAGAACGUGUCUCGACUGAUGACGCCCGCCGGCGAGUGUCUCAUGGUUUUUCCCGCAGUGUCACCCACGAGGGCGUUGUGGAGGAAGAUGGCGCAGCUCGACAAUUGGAAAAAGUUCUCAAACGUGUUCGAUGAGUUCACGCCCAAGAGCCAUGACUUGGAGGACGACAACGCCAGACUGUCCUACAUGCGUGACGUCCUUCAUUCUGCUGGCCUGACGGUCAACACCUGUGAGCUACUGUACGAGCGGAUUGAUUACGAAAAUCCUCAAGCGCACGUCGACAUCCAGCUCUCUGUCAAUCCUGUGGUGACCACGCUAUCACCUCACGAGUAUGCACUCCUCCGCAAGGACGUCACCAACGAGGUUUUGAAAUGGAAGAGCGACGACGACUUCUCGGCACGGCCCUGCCUGUAUCUCGUGCACGCGAGAAAACGAAAGGAAUGAGUUGUGUUCAACCGAGCA